GAUGCAACAACAAAGAUCGUAGCGCCUCUAUGAGGAAAUAGAGACAGUAGACUAGUAGCCGCGAGCUGGGUGGUCUUGUCAUUCCCGCUCAAGCUAAAUUUUUAUUUUUUUCGUAGAAUUUAUGAUUUAUUUUGUGUUGUGUUUGCAUUUAAGUUCAAUUAGUUUAGUUCAAUGAUGAUUACUAUUAAUUCAGUAAAGAUUGUCUUCUUUUUCUGUUUUGCCACAUUUGGACCAAUCUCCUGCUCCCCAAAUUACCAGAGUCAGCUGGGACCUUUGGGGAACAGUGGGAGUAUAUUGCCAGAUGGUAUUCCUCUGGUGGAAGUCAUCAAUGGCUCAACGAAUUUCCGGAUUCACCGGAGAAGGGGCAAGGAUGAGAAGACGUGGUUUGAGGGUAGGGAGAUGAAGCAUAUUUAUUGUGGGAGGCAUUCAAAGUGUGAGAAGUUGAAGGAGACCAAGUGUCUGGGAGCAAGACUGCCAUAUAAUUAUACGAGUCUGGAUCUAUCUGACAGCUACAGUCAGGAAUAUACUCUGGAUCGUCUUCAGUCCUAUCUGGCUCUUAAGUAUGUGCCAAAGUGUUGGGCUGUGAUUCAGCCAUUUCUCUGUGCUGUAUUCAUGCCUAAGUGUGAGACAAUCCGGGGACAGGAUUUUGUCUAUUUGCCAUCAUUGGAAAUGUGUAGGAUUACAAUGGAACCCUGCAGGAUUCUCUACAAUACCAGUUUCUUUCCGGAGUUCCUGAAGUGCAAUGAGACUGUGUAUCCGUCAAAGUGUAAUAAUGACGUCCGGGAGAUUAAGUUUAAUGUUACGGGGCAGUGUCUGAAGCCAUUGAUACCAUCGGAUACUGCUGCGAAUUACUACAGGGAUAUCGAUGGAUGUGGGCUUCAGUGCAAGGAUCCCCUGUACACAGAUGACGAGCACAAUCAGAUUCACAAACUUAUUGGUUGGGGAGGGAGUAUUUGCCUAGCUAGCAAUAUCUUUGCCAUUAUCACUUUCAUGAUUGACUGGCAGAAUGCCAAGAAACAUCCAGCUUUGACUAUUUUCUACAUGAACAUCUGCUACAUGAUGACAUGCUUCGGAUGGCUGACACAAUUUACUCCCGGAGGCAGGGAGGACAUUGUUUGCCGGAAAGAUGGGACUUUGAGGCAUUCUGAGCCAAGUACUGGAGAGAAUCUCUCCUGUAUUGUGGUUUUUGUCCUCAUUUACUACUUCCUGAUUGCGGCAAUGGUGUGGUUUGUGAUCUUUCUCUAUGCCUGGCACAUGAGUUUCAAGAAAAUUGGGAAAAUCCAUGAUAAGAUCGACAAGAAGGGAUCCUACUUCCAUCUAGUCGCCUGGUCACUUCCCCUAGUGCUCACUAUCACAAUUAUGGCUCUGAGUGAAGUUGAUGGGAAUAGUGUGGUGGGAAUCUGUUUCGUUGGAUACCUCAAUCAUCCCAUGAGGGCACUCCUCCUUGGUCCAAUUCUCGGAGUUCUGAUCAUUGGAGGGUAUUUUGUGAGUGGUGGGAUGUUGAUCCUGGUGAAACUCAAAGUCGAAUCUAAAGAUAUUAUCUCAGCCAGAGCCAGCAAUAAAAUCCGGGAAUCUAUUGUCCGGAUGGGACUUUGUACUCUCUUCACCCUCGUCAUCAUACUAGCCACAAUUGUCUGUCACAUUCACGAAUUCCGGAAUUCCGGAGAUUGGACAGCAAGCUUAAGAAAAUUCAUCAUUUGCAAAAUUACAACAUCUCACUACGAAGAUUAUGGGAAUACCUGCAAAAUGGAAUCGCGUCCAAGCGUGGCCAUUUUGCAACUUCAUCUCCUGUGCCUCUUUGCCUCAGGGAUUGUGAUGAGUUCCUGGGUCUGGACACCAUCGACCCUGGGCAUUUGGAAGAGGUAUAUCAAGGGGAAAUUUGGCUAUGAAGUCGAUCAGCCAGUUCGGAUGCAGAAGCACAAGCUAAUUGCUCAGGCUUUUGCCAAGAGGAAGACUUUUCAGGAGGAAGGGAGACUCUCAAUCAGCUUCCGGAAUACCCAUACAGACCCCGUAGGGCUCAAUUUCAACAUUGAUUCUGCUGCAAGUCAGGAUUUCAGUUCCACAUGGGCAAAUAAUCUUCCCAGAUUUGUGAAUAGGAGAUGUGCUCUAACUGGAGCUGUAACAUCAUCAAGUCAUGAACCACGGAGGAAUUCCAUGGAUUCGGAGAUAAGUUUCAGUGUCCGACACGUUUCCGUAGAGUCUAGGAGGAAUUCUGUGGAUUCUCAGGUGUCUGUGAAGAUAGCUGAGAUGAAGACAAAAGUGGCAAGCAGGGGAAGAGGGAGAAAGCCCAAGAGGAUCCGGAGGCAUGAUUAUGGAAAAGAUGAACGAUGUCAGGAACUCCUAAAGUACACCCACAAUCCGGAACUUGAUAUCGAUAGCCCUAAGAAUACGAGAAAUUCCGGAAAAUUUAGCACAUCGAACAAAUCCUACAAAAACACCAAAAGGCGAAGUGCAUCAGCUGGACUGAAUCGCAAGGAAAUUAACUCACUCCUGGCCAAUGGAAAAAUCCUCCUGCCCCUGCUGAACAAUCAAAAAAUAAUCUCAUCGGAUGAAGAAAAUGGUUCAAUGGCGUCAUUUCACGUCAAAGACUCCCGGCUGGAUGUGAUCCUGAAGAGAAUUGGGAAUCAGGAGGAGACAAGUGAUGAGGAAGAAAGCCAUGAUUUUACAAUGCAAGACAGCAGUGUCAAUAUGAAGGAGUACAAUAGUACAGAUGAUGAGAAACUGAUGAAACAAAAUGAUUUGUCCAAUGCCAAAAAUAUCCUGGACAAUGUAAUGUCAUCCAAUGAUGAUCUAGCUGAAGAUGACAAAAACCACCGAGAAAGUCUCAAUAGUAUUAACAGUGAACGAAAAAAUAGAUCAUCUAGACGUUCAAGAAAGACUCGGAAUGAGGAAUCAAAGAAGGAUUUCCAGAAAUCCUCAGAUUUUGGGAAUUACUCAUUUUCCUCCCUGGAUUCUGAGGUAUCACUAGCCCCACCAGUUCACAGUUCCUAUUCCGGUGGCAAGAGCAAUUCCCGGAAUAGCAAGAGGAGCUGCGAUGUGGGCAUUCAAGCCAAUGCUUAUGAGAUCACAACGCAAUUAAGUCUCGCUGAUGGCGGAAAUGACAAGAGUGAAAAUGUAGAAAAUCAUCCGGCAAUUUGCAAAAAGUGGCCAUCGGAAAAGGGAAGCCGGAAAAAUGACGAUGAGUCAACAUUAAGUCAGACUGAUAAACUCAAACUCCUACUAUUGCCAUCCAAAUGAAUCUCUGCGUAUUUUUUUUUGUAAAUUUACUUUCAAUUGCUUUUUGAGUAAUUUUUUUGCCAUAUAAAGCAUAGGCUUCGGGAAGAUAUUAAGCUCUGUAACGUAAUUUGUUAAAAGUCGGACAGUUCUGAAAGUUUGACACAUUGAAAGACUUAUAUUUAGAAACAUGGGUUCAACUCAGAAAGAAGGGGUACUCGUUAUUGACUAAGCAGUAAAGCUUAAUCUCACAAAGAUAUCCAUAACAGAAGAAAGCAAGAAUUCUCUAAAAAGAAGCCAAAAUAACAAAAAUAUUAAUAAUUUAAAGUGCAGUCCCCAAAUUCCAUGCCUUGUGAACCCCUUGACCAAUUGAAAAAGCAGGAAAAUUCUAAAUUCGACCACUUAGAAGGUUUGGAAUCCGAACCGAAAGCUUUGGAAAAAUCGACUUUUUCUUAACUGCCCCAUUCCCCGACUCUCAAAGAUUUCCCUAUCAUUAAGCAAUAAAGCGCUCGAUCCAUAAUACGAGUGUCCCUGGUUCGAAUCUUCUUUUAAGUUACCAGUAGAGGAAUUCUGUAAUUUUCGUGGCAUUAUUACGCGUGAGUUCGAAACCUGACAAUGCCAAUCGAGCUUUUUUGUCAUAUCAUAUGAGUUCGAAAAUGCAAUUCAUUGAUUUUUUAAUGAAAUCCCUUUACUUGAUCAUUUUAUAAAAAUACAGUAUGUCUUGGUUGAUUUGUUUAACAAAAUUCAUUUGAAUUGCCAGAAAUCUCAAAUAUGUAACUUCUGACAAUGUCACGCGAACUGAAAUGGCAAUGUCGCCGCUACAGAAUCGCAUUUUCGAAUAAGCUCUUCUAAGAUUCGAAACCAAUUUGUCAUAUGGCAUUGCCAGAGCGUUACAGAAUUCCUCUCUAGAAUCUUUCUGGCACUACAUGAGCUUAAAAUCGCAUUCAAUAAGCCUCACAAUGCAAUUCCAUAGGAUUUGGGACUGAUAACACCAUUUCUGUACAGUAGACUCUCACUCAAUCGGCUCUUUUUCAAUCGGGCGUCAAAUUUUGUUGACAAUUUUCACGUUUAAUUAUGAAGCUAAUUCGAUCAAAUUCGCUGUAGUUCUUCCUAUUUUAUCGUGAUCCUUUAUAAUUGAGCGCUUUUUGUGGAAUUUACAAAGGCUUUGACGCUCAAUUCUAUCGCUAAACCGGAUGACAUUUCGCCCCAAAUGCCCGAUUGAGAGAGAGUCUACUGUAUUAAAAAAAAGAGAUGACCAAGUGCCUAAAAGUUUACUUUUGACUUAAACUGCUUCAGAAACAAUCAGAAGACCAUCCCAAAA